CUCCCAUGGGCUCACGCUAGGCUCGCGUGCGAUAGGUUUUGGUGGUCUUCUUUAUCCGCAGCGCGCGUUACAGUUUUGAGCGGGCAAACGCUUAAUUCCUGGGUUGUUGUUGACGAAGGAAAGCUCUCCCCAAAACACGCGGCAAGGUGUUUUCGACAACUGUGAUCUCAUCGCCCUGCGACUGCCGGCAAGUGUCUCCGCGAUCAUGUCUGACAGCAGCGACAGCAGUGACGGCAGUGAAGAUGCCGAGGAGCAACCCAGCUCAGAGCCACAGAUCGGCUCUGGCGAAACUCCAGAUGACAUGCCGUUUGAAACUUUGCUUACUGAUGUCUGCUGCCAUCCGACACGGGAUGCAGUGGCUAUUGGCACUGUGGAAGGCGAUGCCUUUGUCCAUUCAUACGCCUUGGGCAGUCCUAGUCGUGAGCUGCUGCACCUGACGCACCACCGCACGUCCUGCCGCAAACUCCGGUUCUCGGCUGAUGGCUCAAUGCUCUUUACGGGCUCCAAGGAUCAGUCCCUGUGCAUGGUGGAUCUGAAUUCGGGUGCAGUGACACAGCGCCUCCCAGAGGCCCACAGUGCACCCAUCUACAGCCUGUGCGUUGUGGACGAGCACCUGCUGGCGUCCGGCGAUGAUGAUGGCCAUGUCAAGGUGUGGGACCGCCGGCACAACACUGCUGUCAUGGAGUGCCGGGAGAGUGAUGACUUCAUCAGUGACUUGGCCACAGGUGACAACCACAGGGUACUGCUGGCCACCAGCGGGGAUGGGACUCUGACAGCCUUCAAUCUGAGGCAGCGCGCUCUCCAAUUGCAGUCGGAACCCUUCGAGGACGAGUUUCUCUCUCUGGCCAUACUCAAGCAUGGCCGUAAAGUGCUGGUCGGUGCUGGUGACGGUAGUGUGAACUUGUUCAGCUGGGGCCGCUGGGACAACAUGGGUGACCGGCUGCCACUGGGCCGCUCGCAGGCUGUUGACAGUCUGGUUGCCAUCACUGAAGACCUCUUCUGCUUGGGCACCGCUGACGGUCGUGUUCGGGUGGCGAGCGUGCUCCCCAACAAGUGCAUAGGCGUGCUAGGUUCGCAUGGCCACUUCCCUGUUGAGAGCCUGUCGGUGUCUCGCGAUGGGCAGCUCGUGGCCAGCUGCUCGCACGACCAACGUGUCAAGUUCUGGGAUGUGUCCUCUGUGGAGAACCUUCGGCCACAAAGUCAAGACUUUUUCGCUGGCCUGGAGGCCUGACCUGACUGAAAGUGAACAAAGCGCGUCGCCUUGGUGAUGAGAAGCUGUUGUAAGCGUGGUUGGUAAGCCAUGCUUUGUUGACCACACUUGCAAGUCUGCCCUUGCUCAUACUGUUAUAUUAGGCAUAGUAAAAGACUUGUUUUAUCCAAGCUACUCUGCACUGCCUCAUGCUGUACAUGUCAAACACGUCUCAUUAUCCAAGGUGGCAUUUAGCAUUGCAUGGUAUUGCAAUUGGAGCAGAGCAUAGAGGGCAGGAACAAGUGCUCCAUCCAGCUGGAUUAUUUCCUUUCUUUGGCUGAAGUUGGUGUGUGCAAUAUUUAUUUUCAAUUCUAAGCAUCCUAACUUUUUUCCCAUGUCUGUUAUAAACAAAGCUGGAAAGGGACUUAUACUUCAAGUGGUAUUGUAAAUGCUAAGGUUUAAAUGUAAAUCUCAUUUAGAAGAACUCAAAAUAAGCAGUCCAGAGUCAUUUGGAAACCAAUAAAAAUAUAUGGCCAGCAAUAUGAAUUACUGCUCAUGAUUACCUUGUUCAUUUUUAGGCAUUCAUGGAUAUUGUCAUUUGACUAGAACUCUUUCCUGCAGCCAUUUGAGCUGCCACUUCUGUUGCCAUUAGUAUUUAGUGACAUACUGUCAUUUAAUCACAUACAACUUGUUUACGGUGAUGAACUUUUUAAAACACUUCAUCACAUCAUCAGCUCAAGCACUGUAUACAGUUGCCAACCGUUUAUUCGGACCUCACGGGGACUGCGGAAAUGUUUGAAUGAACAGGUGUCCAAAAAAGCAGAUUAAGAAAAAAAAUGAAAUCCUUUAUUUCCAUGCACUUAUUCGGGCUCGGCAGUAGGCUUGAAGAAAUCGUGAAUGCGCCGUUGCACGCUGUUCUGUCUACACGCAUCCUGAAUCUCGUAGAGGGUCGUACGGUCACUAUAGGCAGCUGAAACCACAGUCUCUGCUUGUAUACGCUCCGCAUAUGACGGCAGCGUAGCACAUGGUGCGUCAUCUUCCGACUCGGACUCAUCGUCCGGCGGUGCAGCAAAAACCUGACGAAUGAUCUCGCCGUCGUUGAAUUCUGCGCAUGUCAGUACAGCAGUGUCAGCACCUGUGAAACUGUCAAAUGAGACGGUGUCCGGAAUUGCAAUGCAACCACUGCGCAGGUCUCGGCAGAACAUUUUCGGCGUCAGUAGGGAGCACGUCGGAAGGCGACAAAUCCUUGGCCUCCCGGCACCCGCUUGCCGGCAUUCCCCAGAGCAGUAUGCGCGGGCACUGUCGGCGCCAUUAGACAUUUGACGCAAUGUUUCCGUAUGCCGCGUUUGAUCUCCGCAAUCUCGACACAGCACACAAAGCAAACACCAUCACGCCGUCACGCCGACACCAGUCGCACAAACGAAAAACGUGGUUUACUCGCAGUGUCGUGCACGAAGAAACAAAUCAGCUGCUGGAUUGUCUUGACAUGGCUUACUAAGCUGAGACCAGAACUGCUGUAGCCAGCUUAUCGAACCAGGCAGAAACGAUGAUGAUGAGUGGGGAUUUGCAGUAGCGCCACUUCGUGGGGCAGCAAGGAGGCUCUAUUCAAAACAAAAAUGGCAUUCAGCAAGUUGAACCAUGCACCGGUCAGAGUCGAUGCAUGGUGCUCUCGAUCAAGUUGGCUCAAGGAGUGUCCAAAAGAUCAGACAAGAGGUUGCAAGGCAUCCGAACUUUCAGCAGUUGUUGUACAUUAUGGUCUAUGGGUAGAAUGGGGGUGCCGCGAAGCGGACCCAAUAAUCAAGCAUGUCCGAAUUUUCGGAGUCCGAAAAAUCAGUCGGCAACUGUAUCCGAAAAAUCUUUUAUAAUUUUUUUAGAUACAAACGUAUCUUUACAAGUUUUGUUCAAUUUUAUUCCAUAAUCUUGCUGCAAUAAAACUUUUGUUUGGACCGGUUGGUUCAUAGCUGAAAACCAUCCUGUGUACCUGUGCCUUCUUUGUCUAUGCUUUUUGCACGGCUUGUCAAGGUUUUCACAAUCUUGUGUUCGUGCAUUUAUAUUUUGUUAUGACAUAAAUAUUCUUGCUACUAGUUUUGUGCCACAACCUUUGCAAUGACACAGAGAAAGAUAAAACUUUAUUAUGUCCUUGAUGGGGUUCAGGGGUGGCGGGGGUCGGGAGACUAACCCCCAAUCCCCCCCUUCCUCAGACGGCGGCCAGUCCUUGCUUUCUAGCGGCGUCUUCGGCCAUCCGGACGGCCCAGAGCUGCUCCUCUGGGUCCAAGCUGAGCAGCAAUGUCUCCCACUGCUCGGCCGUAGUUAUGAUGCGUGUGUUAGUGCGGGAGGCGUUGGUGGGCAUACUCCCCACGCUUUGCAGAGUGGGGAGUAUGCAUCGGGGUACAUGCGGUUGUAAAGCACGGGGUUCGGAAAAGUUCGUGUCUCAAGGAGUCGCCAAGUGGUGGAUUGAGACUUACUCAGUGUUUUGUGUGCUGGGGGGUAGCGUAACCGCUCUCUGCGGUAGUGCAGGAGAAUUUCUCUGAACGUGACCAUUCGGUCCCGUGCGUGACCGCGAUGCAGAACAGAGGGCUGGUCGGGAUCGGAAGAUGCAGAAGAAGGAUGAUGCGCCCGGUGUGCGAGAGCUCGGGCGGCAUCGUGGGCGGCUUCGUUUCCAGCCAAACCCGAGUGACCAGGGGCCCAGAUGAUCUGCACGCGGCGUUGCCUUGAGGGAGGAGUGCCAGAGAGAAUCUUCUGCGCUUGGGGUGCUAUCAGUCCUCUUGUGUAGUUACGAAUGGCCGUUUUUGAAUCACUGAUGAUGCAGUGUGCAUUGGUAGCCGCGUAGGCCAAAGCGAUGGCCGUUUCUUCUCCUACUUCGGGUUACGUGGUGAAUAUUGAUGUUGCCGCGGCGAGGUGGUACUGCGAACUCGCGACUGCGACGACCGCCAUGGCGUUUUGGUUGGGGUAUUCUGCUGCGUCCACGUAGGUUACGUCAGCGGCUUGGUCAUAGCGCUUUUGUAGUUGUUUAGCUCUUUCUGCACGUCGCUCCGGAUUGUGUUGAGGGUGCAUAUUGCGAGGUAUGGGCGGGAUAACUAGCCGAGCACGAAUGUUUGGAGGGAUGGGUACUUUUGGUCCAAAUUGGUGAUGUAGGUUACGGUAUGCCUAGGGUGCCUAGAAUGUGCCUCCCUGUGGUAGAAUUGGCGAGUUGUUCGUAUUGGCUAAUACGCUGCGCUUCAAUAAGCUCCUCGUCUAUGGUGUUAUGAAUGCCGAGGGCGUCCAGUUUCUCGUUAGAGGUGGUGAUGAGAAGAUGUAGGGCUUGUUUAUAGGCCCUCUUGAUCAUGGUAUUGAGUUUGAGCUUGUCAGUUGCAUUGAGGCUAAGGUACGGGGCGACAUAGGUGAUCCUGCUCAGGGCGUAGGCAGUUACCAGGCGUAUAAGGACACAUUGUCAAUGAAGUUAGUUAAUGAAACAUAGCUAAAUAAAUCUGAAUAUAAUUCGCUAUUUUUACACACAAACACACACACAAACACACACACAAAUGAAAUGAAACUGUUAUGAACACUGCUACCAUAGAUUCAGUGCUGUUCCUAUGAAAGCCUGUGUUAUUUUUUAUUUCUUGGCCUCAUUAGCUGGCACAGACGUUGUGCAAUUUAAAGCUGUUCUAGAAAGUCAAAUAAAGAACAGGUUUCCUUAAUCUGCCUGUAUUUCGCUCAUUUUGAGCUUUGUAAAGUAGCUCCAAAACAUAUUUUCAGCUUCAUAAUGGGGUUUUCUGCUAAAAAAAAACAACCAAAAGACCUUGACCACUUUCAUUCCUGGAAUUGUCACAAGCAUGUUCAUUCUUAAUUUCUGAACUCUUUCCCGACCAGGUGGAAAUGGGCCGCUAUUUGUAGGUUACACUAGAGUUUCUUUUUCUGAAGAAGUUAUUGCACUCAAUAUUUUAUGUAAUACAUGAAAGCAAAGCAGAAUUAAUUUGAUUUUGAGGCAUAAAACAUUUAGUAACGAGAUUUAGGUAAAAAAUAUAUAAAUUAACAAACAGAAGAUGGUGAAAACCUUGACAAGCAGCACAAAAGCAUCGACAAAAGGCACAGGUACACAGGAUGGUUUUCAGCUAUGAACCAACUGGCCCAAACAAAAGUGUUAUUGCAGCAAGGUUGUGGAAUAAAAUUGUGCAAUACUUGUAAAGGUAUAUUUGUAUCUAAAAAGAAAAAAAUUCUAAAAGAUUUUUGAGAUAUACAAAAUGUUUCACUAAUAGCCCCUAUCUAAAAAAAAAAAGAUUUUUGCUUGAAAACUACUUCUACUACCAAAAUCUAAUUGGAAGCCCUACAGUUGAGCUUGCCAUACAGCAAAGCAGUUCCUCGAUGUGAAAUUCAGGGCAGCGUCACAAGUCUUGCUGUAAACUGUUUUUUUGCUGCACUUGGCUGUCAUAACAUUUCUUUCAAUUUUGGUAUGUUUCCAUGUUAGCUGGCUAGUGCUAAAUGGUUUCAGUUGACGGAGAAGCACGACAUAGCAGUGCAUCCUCAAGUUCCAGGUCACUUUCCAUUAUAGUCACUCUCAGAAUCAGUCGGAUGAAAAAGCAGCAUCCUCCGAGUCACUGUUGCUUGAACUGUCGAUAAAAUCAGCUGCAGAUGCAGCCGAAUCGUGAGAACUGCAAUGUUUUGGAGUGUGUAUACCACUUAUGGGGGCAGGUAUUUUCGUUCUCAUUUCUGAUGGGUGCGUGUCUUCAGGGCCCAUUUAAAAAUUGUUGGCAAGCAGGGAAAAAAAUAAACUCUAUAAAAAACAAAAGUUUACUUCUACUAAUUAUCAGGUAGUGCAGUGUGUCCACGAGCAGCGAGGAAGGUCUCAAAAAUGAUGUUUGAAACCAUCCUUAUCGGGCUAGCUAAGCCGAAUGGGUGCAGUAGGGAAAGCAUUAAGCUUUUUGCCAUCAUGUUUGCAAGACUGAACCGGAUCCUUUCCUUCUUGUUUUGUUGUCUUCUGAGCUUUCUUAUAUUAGUCCAUCAGGGCAGAGACCCCAGCUGUGACUGAGACUAUAGUCGCAGCGCUAGUAAUAAAGCAACAAGACAGGGUAGGCAGGCAAGUUCAUGUCGUUACCGACUUGUAACAGGCCUGCCGUAAUUUUACCAAUGGAUGAAAACCGCUGCUGGCAGCUUAGAUUCUAGGCCUGAGGCUGCAAGAAUACCAUCAAAUCACGUGGACGCCGGGCCACGCGGGACUGGAGGGGAACAAAAGGGCGAACGCCUUAGCUCGAGCACUAAUCAACCAAGCGGGAGAAAACCAAUCGUCUCGUCAAUCCCCACCCUUUACCUUCGUGCCCCUGCCAUCCAAUUACUGCGGCCGACUCGAGAUCCAGCGACUCAACCGCAGGAUUUAUCCUCCCCCUCACAGAAAGCUCAGCACUGAAGAGGCAGUAGCUCUCAGACUUUUUCAGACCAACACAUUCCUAAACCUACACAGAUACAGCAAAAUGUACCCACACACAUAACGCGGCAUCUGCCCCUGGUGUGGCGACACACACCCUACAUUCUUUCCCAUCUCAUGGGGGUGCGGGGGGCAAACCUCAACACUAGACGCCUAGCACGUCAUUUGAGCGGUGGGAGGUACAGCUGACCGACAAUACCCUGGCGGGACAAGAGGCUCUCGUCCAGCAAGUACGUCGAGCAGCCAUGGCCAUUGGAGUCCUGGAAUGAGGACACCACCCACUCGACCUCAAGAGCAAUGACCUCAAUGGUCCAAAUAAAUGUUCUCUCUCUCUCUUUCUUAUAUUAGUCCAAGCGUAUCCUCUCCUUCACUCACAUCUUCUCAUCAAUAACCACCUGUUGGAGUUUAUGAUGUCAACUUGCACGACUAGUUUAAGCCGCGUGAGUGAUAGGAACAAACACCGUUCAUUCAUCUACCCAACACAGCCUGAAAUUGAUGAGUAUAUCAUAUAUGUCACGCAAAGCCUUCGAAUAAAUUUCAGUCAUACAAAGUUUUUAUUCAGCAUAUGGCUACCUUUGUUUUCAGUUUGUUUGAAACAUGCCUCUCCCUCACUUGACCCCCUUCCCAGUACCAUUUCAUUUUUCUCUGCAAAGAUGGCAAUUUUACCAGAACACUUGUCUUGUCAUCAUGAAAAUAGAGUUCUGCUGGAGGUUGUGAUGUGGUCAGUGACAUGCCACAUAAAAAUACUGUAUAGCUUUUGAUGGUGUAAGUUGCCAUGCUAAACAGAAAAGAAAAUUUCUGUCUAAAAAUAUCUGAUACCUGCAUUAUUCAUGCCUUAUCAUUCUGCAGAUAAAUUACUCCUUCUUCUUAUCAUUGACCACAAGAAGUUCUGCAUCACGUAGUGAUGCACUCAGUGACACAGCAUUUAAAGUCAUCGCAGCUUUGUGCAUAAAUUGCCCCGUAAUAAAACCAGCUAAAUAACUCUGGCUUGUGGCAUUUUGCGUGAUACACUCUCAUAUGGGUUAUACACGCUCAUAGUAUUAUAGUGCCUUGGUACCUUUGUGUAUGGUGAAAGGAAGCAUUGUGGGAAGGACAUGGGGGAAAGCAUGGAGCAAAGCAUGAUUCUGUUGCUUAACCCAUUCCCUAGUGAUGACAAGUUAUCAAAAGUUGUGCUGCUUACAGAGGAUGAUCUUGGCUCAUCUUCAAUAAACCUGCAAAACAAGCUCAGCUGCACUACAAAGUUAGGUUUUGGUGUGCACACAUGCUUCCCAUUGUAUGGACAGAAGAUUGAAAUGUACCACUAAGAAACUGACUUUCAGUAUGACUGAAGCCAUAUUGAUUUGAGGGAAGCGGGAACCUGUUUCUGACGUGCACAUUUUGACAGUGAAUGGAAGAGAGUACAUGCUUGCAGGGGUCUCAUUUUUCCUGUCCCUUGAUGCAGUGCACCAGUGUUUACAAGCACCUCAUGAGGCAGCACUCUUCUCAAUCUGCCUUGGCUUAGCACAUUAAUGCAAUUAGAUCUUCUAGCACAUUGCCUCGCUUUACAUGAAUGUAGGGUUGCCAACCGUCCUGAAUUUAGUGGGACAGUUCAGACUUUUGAGUAAAUGUCCCGUGUCCCGGCUUUACCCAGUAGGGAAAGCUAAAUUUCCUGGCUUUCGAUUUUUUACGUUAUAUAAUAAAUAGGCUGGAUUUCCUUUCUAUAAUGCCUGACAGCUCAUUUGCACAUUCUUGUUUUUGUGUUCUGUUGCAUUGCCAAAAGAAUAAAGGUAGUUUUGUUUUUGUUGCA